CUUUAUUAUAACAUAUUUAUAGUAUUUAAAAAAUUAUAAAUGAAAUAUAUUUUUGUAAAUCACGAUAGUAACUAAACAUAAUCGAAUAUAAUAUCUCUAUUUAUAAUGAUGAAUAAUUUUAUAUUAUUACUAUUAUUAAUAUUUUACAAUACAUUUACAUUCAUUUUAAAGGUAAAUUCAAAAGUUUAACUUGUCAGGUAGAUAAAUAAAAGCAAGCAAACAAAGAAACAAAAGAAACGUUUUCCCAAGGAAUGAAAUAAAUAAAAGAGAAUUCUUUCAGUAAUAAUAAUAAAUGUAAGUUAUUUAAUAAGUAGUAAUAAUAAUAAUCACUUUUUAAUUAAAUCAUAUGAAAUAGGUCAAAAUAAAUGGAUACAUUAUUGAAAUAUUAUAGAUAGUUCAAUGUAUAGGUUAACAUUUUAGUAGCAUGAUUUAUGCUUAAAUAUCAUUAUAAUUAUAAAGGUGAAUGUAUUCCAGUAUAUAUGAAUUUAUAUAACCUAUGGUACUUACAAUUACCUUGGUGAUGCCUUGAUGUUUUGGCAACUAUACACAGAAAACAAGUUGGAUUAACCAGACAAAAAAUAUUUUCACAAUGAACAUUAAUGAAGCAGACUCGAAUUAUCAAUUAUUUUACGGUUUCAAUGAUCCAGAAGGACAAAAUAUAGCACUAUCCGCUACUAGUAUGAUUAAACCAAUUCCAAAUGAGAAAGAAUUGUUUCUUUUUGACAAAACAUCACGUACAACUGGAUAUGGUGGAUUAGUCUCUGCGAGACAGCUACAUUUUAUCUGUGGACCUUAUCCAGAGUCAAUAAUUGAUGAAAAUGUAAUAUUUGACAAGAUUAUACAAACGAUUAUUUUACCCAUCUUAUUAAUUAUGUUGAUUUUAUUCAACAGUUUAUCACUUGCUGUUUUAACUAGACCUACUAUGAAAACACCUGUGUUUACCGUAUUAUUAGGUAUUACAAUGGUGGAAAUGUCCAAUGGAUUGUUACCUUUACCAAUGUAUUUACUCAGAGCAUUUUAUAGUGAUCCUGUUUGGUGGGAGUAUAAAAAAUAUACAUUGUAUAAUUUAACACAAAUUUCAAAAUGGUGGAAAUAUGCUCCAUUAGAAAUUUAUCAAACAAGUUCAAAUCCUACAGCAAGUGGAAUACUUGCAUGGACUACAGUAUUUUUACCAACUGUUUGUCAUACAACAGCUACAUGGUUAACAUUAUUUGUUGCAUUACAACGACUUAUUUACAUUACAUAUCCUAAUAAAGCUACAAGAUUAUUUUCUAUACUUACAGUACGUUUAGUUUGUAUUAGUGUAUUAUUAUGUGCACUAAUUUUACAUAUACCAAUGUUUCAAUCAACUUUUGUUCGAUUUCAACCACUUCUUCUACAUCAAAAUGUUACUUAUAGAAAUUAUUCCAUUGAUUUUAAACAAUUAUUAUUAUAUGAAGCAUUAGAUUAUUUACCAUUUGUUGUCAUGAAAUGUCAUACAUGUUUACCUAUUCAUAUGUUUCUAUAUUUUUUAACUCGCGUCAUACUUGUACAUUUAUUACCUUGUAUAUUAUUAAUUAUAUUAACCAUAAUAAUCAUUAUGAAAAUGAGACAAAUUAAUAGAAAGCAUUUAUGGCUUACACGUGGUAAAUUAUUAUUACAAUAUUCUAAAACAUUAUCUACAUAUAAACAAACCAAAUCUUAUUCAUUACCUAUUAGUUCUUAUAAACAUAGUUUAUCACCAGAAACAACGAAUAUUUCAAAACAAGAUCAAAUCAUUGAUCAUAAAGUUCAAAAUAAAUUGAAUUGUUUCACUUGUUUGAUAAACGACAAAACAGAUACACUCUAUAGUAGUAAUCAGGAGUUUCAUAAUAUUCAAUCUAAAAAUUCUACAUUAUCAAUAUUAUUGAAUGGUAAUGUUAAUAAUGAUGAACCAAAUCAAGAGAAUGAUACUUUUAUAAAUUUAAUAAAACGUAAAUCACAAGUAACUGAAUUUUUUAAUAUUUCCAAUAUGUUAAUAGUAAUAUUAAUGAAAUUUAUUUUAAUUCAUUUACCUAAUGCAUUAGUGAUAUUUGUAUAUACAUUAACAUUAAUACAAAAUAGAAUAUAUGAAUUGACUACUAAUUAUAAUGAUAUUAUAAGUAGUUCUACGAGUAAUAUUAAAGAAACUAUAACCAUUUUCAAAAAUACAAAUCAAUCAAUAGUAUUACCUUAUACAGUCAUGAAAUAUGUAAAUCAAUUACAUAAUACAAAUACAAUGAUCUAUAUUGAUGAAGGACCUACAAAUGUAUUAUGGAUAAGAAUUGUAAUCAUCUGUAAUCUUUUAAUAUUAUGUUCAUAUUUAUUAAAUUUUUUAAUAUUUUGGACAAUGUCAACACCAUUUCGAACACAAUUUCUAAAUUUAUUCCGAUGUAAAUCAUUGAGAAAUGACAAUGUUAAUGUUUAAACGAAAUUGAUCAUUAUGGCUUUGUUGAUGCUUGUAUUCAUGUCUAUAUAUGUUAAUAUCAAAAUUCUGUUGUAAAAAAAGCGUUAGUUUAUAUAACAAGUGAAUAGUAUAGAAAAAAAUUAUUUCAAUAAUCUAAGUAAACAACUUGUGUAAAUAUGUUGAUGUAGGUGAUCUUUUUCUCCUAGUUAUCAUACUUCAUAUCAAAGAAUUCAAUUAACCAAGUCACUAUUGACUCAAUUUGUUUACCUUUUGAAGAAUAUACUACAUUUCUAAACAAUAA